GACAAGUUCUUCAUGAGCACUCGCCGCCCCCAUGCCAAGCGAAAAUGCUUCGACGCGGUUCAAGGCAGGCCACGCACCUCGCGUUUCGCGAUGCAGUAUUCGCAGUUCUGGGGACGCCAUCCGGCGGUGGCUCGCUUGAACACCGUCGAAGGCUCUCGCACGCUCACGCCGGUUCGUCCUGGCCGGUCUUGGACAUACCCGGCCUUAGCCUGCAACAGCUCGUAACACAAUCAUUGGCUAGUCAUUCACAUUAUCAUCCUGAAACGGAGCUUCUUGGCGCCAGAGGACAACUCGCACGGAACCAGUUCCCUUCCCUCGACUUCGUGCCCUUCCGACCACCGCCUCCACCAUGCUCAGACCAACCCGCCAAAGCUAAACCAAAUAUCGGAGUUUCUGACAUGGUACAAGCAGAUAUGGCAUCUCAAAGCAACCCAAUUGGCCUUUUCCCUACCAAGCAUCCAUUGCCGCGUCUCGAGCAAGCGACUCAAGCGUUACUAGCCCACGGAGACAUCGUCGCAGCUAUGUCCAUCUGCGCGCGAGACGUAGAACGCCUGCUUCUUGUACGUCGCCGCAUGCAUGCACAGGGUGUCACUCUGGACAAUCUGGUCUCUGCGGGUCACCUUUCAAGCCUCGAUACAGCUUUAGAUGAUUUGGUUGCGUUCCUUCAACAACUAGUAGACCAGCUGUCACCAACCCAAACGCGCUCUGCGAGGAGCCCUUUCGAUGACCUCACUUCCUUGCAACAACGUUUCAUUCGGCGUUGGAGGCCUAAUCAACUAUCUCAAGAAGCGGUGAUGUCGCUCUCAAAAGAAGCGCUGGUGCUGUUUGCAGCUUCAGAGGUGUUCGACUCCUUCGGCGUGCUUGGUCGUCGGCCACCACCGAAAGCGGCGAGUACCAUGCUGAGUCUGUUCACAGAACAUUUCGACCGCAUGGCAUUAGGAGCUGCAGCAGAUGUCAUGCUUACAAUUUAUGCCACCGACAAGACCUCGAAGGGGCAGUGGGAGUCGCCAGCUUGGCGCGAGCUCAUGCAGCAACUUGCCCUCGCCCUUGGCAAAGCUGGAAAACCGGAAAAAGCGGAACAAUUGUUCGCAGAGCGUAGCGAUAACUACGAAGGCGAGCCAAAACGUGGGGAUGAAGAAGACGCAGUUGCUGAUACGGAUGAAGAAUCCGUACUUUUCCGACCGAGGCCAGGUGCGGCACCCACCGCCAGCAAGCUUAGAGGCGACUUGGCCAAUGACCCCAGGAUCUGGGCGACCUUGAUUGAGUGCCGAGUAGAAGCAGGAAACCUCGCUCAUGCGGAAAUUUGGCUCCAACGCUACCGCGAGUACGUUGCGCAAGCAGAUGCGGCUACCUAUGCAGAUGCUGCAAAACCAUUUGUUGCGAUGAUGCGCGGCGCCGUACGAACCAAACCCAACUUCAUCCGCAAGAGCCCAGAAUUUUCAGCAUUUAGUUCCGAGUGGCGAGCUGCUGGCUUUUCGGAUAUCAACAUUGUCCGAGCCUACAGCGUCCGUGCGAUCAAAAACAUGAUGCAAGCGGAUGAAAUUUCGCUCGACAUCCCCGCGCUGAAUCUCCUUGUCGCAUUCGAAGCCAGCAACGCGCAAAUCUACGCGGUAGCUGACCUACUACUUCAGCUCGGCGCCACUCUCCAGAUGAGAAAUGGCAUCGUUCAUCUGCAAACUUACGAAUGCCUCUUUCGCGCACAGUUCAGUCUGGUGAUGCAUGGGCUUGGACGAAGAGUGGAUGCGGCGUCCGUGAAGCAGAUGUGGCAACGUCUGGAGCAUGCGCACAUAGAUAUGCUGGCUUCUCCUUCGCGGCUUUUCCAGCACUUGCGCUCCAAUCGGAGACUAUUGCUUGGCAAAACCGGCGAAAAGCGGGGUCCGUCAACCAACAAACUGCUCGUCAAGCUCCUCAAUGCAGCCAUCAAGGUCUUGCUUGCAGUUGGAGAUGACAAAGGCGCAACAGAAGCGUUGGAGAUGUUCACAGAGUAUGAUCUCGAGCACGACACAGUCUCUUGCAAGAAUGUUUUCCUCGGCCUGCUCAAUUUAGCACAACGCCAAAGUGGCGACAAGGGUUCACCACAACGACUCGCGAAGCAACUUCAGUCUGCGUCUGUAUCGCACAAUUCGAAUGCUCAAUCCGCGCCGACCAUUGCCGACCUUGUGGACUGGGUUCGCCAGGGCAUGUAGGACGUCUCGCUAUCACGACGUCCAAUUAUACACGCCGCAGCUACAAGUCGUUGUCACCGACGCACUGCGAUGGCGGGUCCCUGCUUGCCAGCGCAGGUCGCCCUCCCACCACCCAGCGUGUACCUACAUGUCGGACUUCUCUUCCUUCCCAUGGGCACUUCAUUGUAGAUACUCCAAGCAUG